CUCAGAGGCCUUCCUGGCAGGAGCCCUGGGGACCCGGGCAGACAGGCAGACAUGCAGACCCUGACGCGAGAGGCUACCAGGCCCUAUGUCCCCACGGGGACCCUCGAGACCAGCUUCCCAGCACCUCUCUACAGCGAUGACUACCUGUCCCUGGAGGGGCCACGCUGGGCACCGGCCAUCAAGCAGGCCACACGCUGGAAGUACACGCCCAUGGGACACGAUGCAGCUGGCCAGCUGUGGUACACGGGUCUGACCAACUUGGACUCCCGGGAAGCCUGGUACAAGCUGCCCUCAGCCCUGGACCGCCCCUUCCGUGAGGCCUACAACCGCUGGCAUGGCUGCUCCCGACACCGCGAGUGCAGCCUGCCCUCGGGUGAGUGCCCACCCUCCCUGUCCCGGUGCCGGGCCUGCUCGAGGGGGACGGGAAUGACCGCCAGCCCCUGCCCCACCGCAGCCUACACCCAGCACCUGCGGGAGACCGCCUGGCACGACCCCAUCGUCCCCGCCCAGUACCUGGACCCCAGCACCCGGUGGGGGAGCAUGCUGUGGAAGGACAGGCCAAUCCUGGGCAAGGACUACGUGGUCAACAGGAAUCAGUACGGGGUGGAGCCUCUGUGGAGUGCAUCAGACUACGUGCCCUUCCUGUCAGCGCCCCAGCGCCCACCCCACACCACCCAGAACUACUUGCAGUGGGGCCUGGAGCCAUACUGCCCCUCCACCGGCCAGUGGCUCCCACCUGGCCCCACGCCUACUCCCCGAUAAACACAUGCUUCCAUGACACACCCAAAAGAGGGUGGCUACCCACAACUAGGGCACAGCCGAGAUGCCCAAGCUACCCCUGCUCCGGGCCACCCCCGCCUGGCAGACAGGAGCCAGGCUGCCUUCAUCUCUUUAUUGCUGCCAGCAGAGUCCACCAAGCCCCCCGGGCAGCCCCGCUGCCCACCAUGGCAGGGUCCAGGCCCAACCCACUACUCCAUGGCUGGGGCUCCUGCAGGCUCCAGCCAUCCCCAGGCCAGAGGUGAGGGGUGAACUGUGCUGGGGUUAGGGUUCCCCCAGACCCCUCAGGGGUUCCUACUUCCUGCCGAGAGAGGCACUCCAAAUCCUCCACAGGACUGAGAUGGAUUAGAGUUGAGAACGGGGCACCCUAAAAGCCCAGGGGUCCCUACAAACCUCUGGAUUCAGAAGGCCCUGGUAGGCAUUCCCGCUGCCUUCACCCUGACUCCCAUCUCCGGGAGCCAGUGAGGGUGGGGGGUGGGGGGAUGGGGGGCCGGAGAAUAGCGAGGGGCGGGGGGGGCUUCGCCCCUAGGCGUUGGGGGCGUCCUCGUGUGUCCCCACAUUUCCCUUGCACAGGUGCAGGAGGCCGUCAGGGCUGGGCUUCUGGGUCCCCUGCCAGGGAGGGGUGGAAAUGGCGUUAGAGAAGGGGGGGUGGGCCCCACACUUGCCCCUGGUGUUAGAGAAGGGAGGGGUGGGCCAGGACUCACAGCGUCGCAGGCGGAUGGGCCACAGCAGGAGGCUGCAGAGACACAGGGCAGCAGCCACGCCCACGCCGCCCGUCACGGCCACCAUCGCCCAGUGGUAGAAGCUCACGCAGGCCCUGCAGCAGAGCUCUGAGCUGCGGGAGGAGGCAGGGGCCUAGUGGGCACCACAGGGAUGUCCCCACCCAUCUGGACCUGUUCCUCUUGUCCGAGCUGUGAGUGGGGGGCAGACCCCCCGCACCUCCUUCCCCACACCCAACAGCAUGGCCAGUCCUCUCCAUCCCGCAUCCACCGCUUCUCCCUCCCAGUCUCCACCUGGUCCAGGCCCAGUGGUGCCCAGCACCUGCACCCGCCCAGUCCCCUCACCCCCACCAGAGGGCACCUGUGAGUGCCUGUCCCUCUGCCACAGGCUACCCUCCUCGGGUCAAAACCCUCCCCAUGACCCACCAGGCCCUGCACGACCUGCCCCCUCCCCCUCUUCCCUGUGCUCCAGCCACACCAGUCUCCUGGUCCCUGCUCCUCCAACACACCAUGUGUGGCCCCGCCCCAUCGACCUGGAACGGUUUGAGUUCCUGCAAGUGUCAGGUCCAUGUCACCUCCUCCAGGAAGCCCUCCCCGGCAUCCUGUCCUGGCUGCCCAGGCCUCUCCCGGGUAAAGGCGUUCACCUUAACACCCUAGUCCUGACCACACGUUCACCUCUGUGACCAUUAACAUAGCUGGCUCUGCCCCAGCGCUGUGACGUCAGGGCCCAGACUGGCUUUGGUUCCCAGGUCCAGGCCUCUACAGGCGUGAAUGCUGGGAGGCUGUGUCUACACCCAUCCGUGUCUGAACCCUCUUCCUCAACAAAUGAGCGAAUGGAUGGCACUCACGGACAGGGAUGCAGGCUCUGGAUGGCCAUGACUGCCAGCCCGUUGGCCACCUUAUCAGAGAAGCUCAUGGAGCCAUAUACGAACGCUCCGCUGUUCUGCGGGAACACGGGUGGUCAGUGUGUACCCCGAGUUCCACACCCAGCCACCCCCACCCCGGCCACCAGCCUUACCGUGUGGGGACCGAUGAGGUCGGCCGUCAUGGCCAGCGAGGUGACGAGGAUGGUGGCACAGCCCGCACCCAGCAGCACAGCCGCUGCGUACACGGCCACGCCCAGCCCCUCCGUGAGCGCCACCCAGGCAGCGAAGGCCAGGAUCACCAGGAGGCCCGAGAAGUAGGUCAUCUGCAGGGGACAGCCCUGGGGUCUGGCCCACGCCACUGGGUGCCCCUGAGCGCAGCGUUUGCCCUCUCUGGUCUUCAAUCCACUACCCCCACCCCAGCAAACAGGGCGUGAGCUGGACGGUCAUUAAGGAGCCCGGCUCUGAGGCCCAGGAGAACUGCCACGCGGAGCUGUGCUCUGUCCACGUGGUAGUAGCUGGAGCCACGUGGCUAUUUCCGCCUAAUGGCAGGUCAGGUACACAAAAGCAAACGAGGGACUCAGCUCAGUCCCCUCGGCCACAUUCCAAGUGCUCAGUAGCUGGACAGGGAGGACGCAAAGCUCCAGAGCUCUGCCGCCACGACAGUGUGAACUCGAGACUCGCAGAGGCCAGGGCUCCAGACCGCCUGGUUCCCACAAGGCGGGAACUCGGGGGCCUGGGAGCAUCUGAGGCUGGAGCCCCUCCCGGCUGCAGGGCCCCGCCCACUCACGGUCCUCCCGAUGCACUUGCCCCGCCCACCCACGGUCCUCCCGAUGCACUUGCCCCCCCCCCCCGCCCACUCACGUUCCUCUCGGCGCACUUGCCCCCCCCCGCCCACUCACGGUCCUCCCGGCGCACUUGCCCCGCCCACUCACGGUCCUCCCGAUGCACUUGUUGAUGGGCUUCAUGAGGAAGGACGAGAAGAAGCCGCUGAGGUACAUCACCAGGGGAAUCGUCGCGAUGAACUUCUGCAGGGGCAGAGCCGGGCCCGGCGUGUCCCUCACCGCUUGCCAGGCUGCGGCCGUCCCACCCCAGCGCCCCCGUCCCAACCCACUUACCUUGGGCAGGUUGAGAGAGUAGGUGAGGUACAUGGCCAUAUAGGUCUGAGACAGGUUCACGAUGAGCCUGGUGGUCAUGUACAGCAUGCCCACCUGUGGGCAGACCAGCAGAGGGACCGGCAGGGGUCAGGGGGCCCUUGUCCACUCCCACCAGCAGGGGGCACCGGGGCCUGGAUGGGUGCCCUGCAGCUGGCAUUUGAUCCAUUGGUAGUGACUGCCCAGUGGGUUGAGGUGGAAGAGCAGAGAGCAGUGCUUCAUGAGCGAUAUCUGCCCCGGGCAUGGGCGGCACCAGGGGCCGAAGGGUGGGAGGAGAGGUCUGAGCUGGCCCUGUCCCCCCCAGCACGCACCUGGUAGAAAGCCGGCUCCCGGAGCCAGUGCUUCCAGAGCAGCAGGGGCUGGGCAACCGCGGGGGCCAACAGGGGGCUGUGCUCGCCCGGCUCCUCCGCAUGCAGCUGGCACCUCUCCCGGGUGCCCAGGUGGAACAGCAGUGAGAACACGGCGCCGACACCCACCACCAGCAGGGACAGGUUCUGGGAACGCGGCAGAGUGGUCAGCAGCAGCUGGCCCAGGCCGCCCCAGGCUCGAGGACUUCAGGCAACACACCAGGCCCCAGCUCACCCGGAACACGGGCACGUCCUGGCCCCCUAGCUGGUCACUGACGCUGAUGUCCUGGGCGGGCCCCACCCUCGACGAGCCCUGCAGGUGCAGCAGGAGCCAGGCAGCACCGUAGACAGUGAUGUUGGCCACCACGGUGAACGCGUACCUGGCGGGCAGGCGGGCAGGGACUCAGCAGGACUCUGGGAACCCAGGUCCUUCUUCCCCGGGUGGCAGCGCUGGCACAGUACCUUGCGGAACCCCGACUGCUGGGAGAUUCCAGCCACCGCCGCACUGGGUGGCCUCCAGGAUACCUGUGCUGGCCUCAGUUUCCCCAGCCUGCCAGUUAUCUGACACGGGGCAGCUGUGACCCGCAGCUUCCCUCUUCCUGCCUAGGACCAGGGUGCAGUUACUCAGCCAAGCAGAGUCCAGGCUGCGACACAGAAGUCUGAGAACCCAGAGGCUCGGGAGCCAGGAUUCGGGAAUAAGCCUUCCCCAGAUGCCGGGCGGCUGCAAGGCAAGGGCUCCCUGGUCUAGAAGCCCAGACAGGCAGGGGGCCUCCCUUUCUGAAAGCAGGAACCAUGUCACCUCGAGGCCACGUGAGCACAGCAGGAGAUCAGCUGGCAAAGCGACACAGGAAGUGGCUGGGGUCCGGCCCUCAGGGGCCCUGGGUAUUGGGAAACCCCUGUCGUUAGUGCCUGCAUCUGUCUCAGCCAUAAUGGGGAACCGAAAGCCAAGGGGGGAGGCCAGAGUGGGCGGAGCUGCUGACACAGGCAGGGGGGCAAACAGCGGGCUCCCCCCACAGCCCCCUCCUGACGAAGGCACUGUGGGGACCCUGGCUUUGGCCACCAUUUGGGGCCGUGUCCUCCUCUGGAACACUCAGGAAGAAACAGUUCCCACCUCCCAGUUCACAAGGAGGGUUGAAGAAGCUGAGUCAAGGGGCCGUGCGGUGGCUCAGCCUGUAAUCCCAGCGGCUCAGGAGCCCGAGGCAGGCAGAUCACCUGAGGUCAGGAGUUCAAGACCAGCCUGGCCAACAUGGUGAAAGCCCAUCUCUACUAAAAAUACAAAAAUUAGCCGGGCGUGGUGGCGCGCGCCUGUAGUCCCAGCUACUCAGGAGGCUGAGGCAGGAGAACUGCUUCAACCUGAACCUGGGAGGCGGAGGUUGUAGUGAGCCGAGAUCGCGCCACUGCACUCCAGCCUGGGCGACAGAGCAAGACUCUGUCUCAAAAAUAUAAAAAGAGGGGAGACUUGUGGGUGGGCCUGCUGAAUCAGCGGAUCCUUUGGGAGACAGGAUUUAGGGCUUCCUGAAAUCAGAGAUUCUCCCUCCUGGCCUCAGAAGCAACAGCCAGCCACCGUGACUUCCACAGGUGGAAGAUGACAAAUUCCACCAUCAACCCUGGAGGAGGUACCACCCCAGGCCUGAGCAACCCCGUGAAUGCAGGCUCCAGACAGACCCUGAAGCACAACUCCCGCCCCCAGCUCAGCCACACUGGACUCCUGAGCCCUAGAAACUGAGAGGAGAACGUGCAACGGCCAGGCGCAGUGGCUUGUGCCUGUAACCCCGGCACUUCCGGAUCCCUUGAGCCCGAGAGUCCCCAGCCUGAGCAAUAGAGCAAGACCCCAUCUCCACGAAAACUUUAAAAACCAGCUGGGUAUGAUGGCACGCUCCUGUGAUCCCAGCUACUCGGGAGGCUGAGGCAGGAGGACUGGUCAAGCCCAGAGGUCAAGGCUGCAGUGAGCCGAGAUCGAGCCACUGCACCCCAGCCUGGGCGACAGUGAGACCUCCUUCUUGAAAAGAUAAACGUAGCUGGGCGCGGUGGCUCACGCCUGUGAUCCCAGCACUUUGGGAGGCCGAGGCAGGUGAAUCACGAGGUCAGGAGUUCGAAACCAGCCUGUCCAACAUGGCGAAACCCCAUCUCUUAUUAAAAUAAAAUAAACGUAAAGGCCGGGCGCGGUGGCUCACACCUGUGAUCCCAGCACUUUGGGAGCCCGAGGCAGGAGCACCUGAGGUCAGGAGUUUAAGACCAGCCUGGCCAACAUGGUGAAACCCUGUCUCUACAAAAAUAGAAGAAAACCAGCCAGGCCUGAUGCUGGGUGCCACUAUCCCAGCUGCUCGGGAGGCUGAGGCAGGAGAAUCGUUUGAACCCAGGAGGCAGAGGUUGCGGUGACGCCAGGUCACACCACUGCACUCCAGCCUGGGCGACAGCAAGACUCCAUCUCAAAAAAUAAACAAAUAAAUAGCAUAAAUUAAAACUGAACAUAAAAGAC